UCAUUAACCUUCCCCACUAUCACGAACUCUAAUUCAUCCAACCCCUCUCGUUCUUCUACAUGCUUUUCGCUGGGGCACAUACCCACUGUCAAAUUUGCACCGCUUCCAUCACCAGAACAUACUGGGAGGCGCUCGACUUUGCCGCUCGGGGUAGUGGCCCGUUCGCGGAGAAGGCGUCCCGCGAGGGAAGGCCGCCAGCAAGGACGGACUUUGUGGGAUCCUGCUGCAGACCCACUGCUGGAGGAUCCGCUUAUCACUCUGGGGAAGUUCGUGAAAAGCGCAACCAAAAGUUUAUGGCGGCGCGUGAGAGAGAGG